AUGGUCGACUCCUGUUGUGGCUCCAUCUGCUCUGACCAGGGCUGUGGCCAGGAGACCUGCUGCCGCCCCAGCUGCUGCCAGACCACCUGCUGCGGGACCACCUGCUGCCGCCCCAGCUGCUCUGUGUCCAGCUGCUGGCACCCCUCCUGCUGCAUUUCUAGCUGCUGCCGCCCCUCCUGCUGUGGCUCCAGGUGCUGCAGGCCCAGCUGCUGCAUCUCUAGCUGCUGCCGCCCCACCUGCUGCCAGACCACCUGCUGCAGGACGACCUGCUGCCGCCCCAGCUGCUGCGGGUCCAGCUGCUGCUGCCCCUCCUGCUGCCGCCCCUCCUGCUGCCAGGAGACCUGCUGCUGCCCCACCUGCUGUGGCGCCAGCUGCUGCAGGCCCAGCUGCUGCAUCUCUAGCUGCUGCCGCCCCACCUGCUGCCAGACCACCUGCUGCAGGACCACCUGCUGCCGCCCCAGCUGCUGCGGGUCCAGCUGCUGCCGCCCCUCCUGCUGUGGCUCCAGCUGCUGCUGCCCCUCCUGCUGCAUUUCUAGCUGCUGCCGCCCCUCCUGCUGUGGCUCCAGCUGCUGCCGCCCCUCCUGCUGCUGCCCCUCCUGCUGCCUGCGCCCAGUCUGUGGUCAGGUCUCCUGCCACACCACUUGUUAUCGCCCCACCUGUGUCAUCUACACCUGCCCUCGUCCCAUGUGCUGUGCCUCCUCUUGCUGCUGA